CAGUUGGAAUCAGUUGUUAGUGAGACGUGGUGCGAGUAACAAGUAGCAGCAAGUUGUUUUCCUUACCAAACCGCGCGACUAGGCGACAAAAAAUACGACGACGCGGCGUUCGAUUCCGUGCGCGAAAAACGGUAGUUAGUUGUGAUAGAGAGAAGAAGGGACGACGGUUGGAUGAAAACGGCCGCGGUGAAAGUCGACGAGUAAAAGUCAUCAUCCAGCAGCAGCAGCAACAGCAGAGCUACGAAGAAAUUGGUGGAAAUCUCGACCAAAUGCGCAGAAUGGCCGAUGAAUGAGCAUCAUCAGUCCGCGGGCCUUUGUGGAAAUUUGGAUUUGUCCGUCGUGUCGAGCUGCGAGUGUUGAAGAAAGUGAAAGAAAAAGUGAAUAACCGAAAAGUGAAUCUCGCUGGUGUGGUGUGUUUUGAUUGCGAAGAAACCGGAAGUUGAGUGAACAUUGUGUGUACAAUAGGAGGAAGGAAAAAAGAGCUUAUUUGGCAAAGUUUGCGAGUGAGUUGAGGCAAUUGCUUGAUUGGCAAACAAAUAAUCACCGAAACAAAAGUGGUGAAAUUAUUCGACGGGGGACCAUCGUACGAUCAUUUACCUCGGAUUGGAUUAAAAUAAAUAUAAACUCGUAGCUGGCGAAGCUGAUUCUUUUUACCUGGUUGCGUGGCGCUGUUUGACAGUUAAGGUUCCUUCUCCCUCACCCGUGCCAGCUGAUCAAACGGAACCGGGCGGUGACUUUGUUCGAUUGCCCAAACCGGACCCCCAAGUCCAGGUCCAGGUCCUAUGAAAGAAGAUGCGAGAAAUGAACCCACUGGCGGACGGAUGCAGCAAUAAGCUGGUGCGAAAUCGCAACAGCGGAGACCCCUCGGAGAAUACCUGUAGCCCCUGUAGCAGCAAUCGCAGCAAGCGGUGUAGGUCCCUGCUGCUGGUUGUUGGGCUCCUGUGCGCACAGAUCGUCGCUAGUAGUAGUACACCAUUAGAAGAUAUUAGUAGUAGUGAAACCAUAGAAUUAACAGCAUGUCAGCAUCUGCGCCGUGCGGAGUCACGACGCGCCAAGUCACUAGGCGAUAGCUUGCUUCACUCGGUGCGAAUACCUCGCUGCACGGCUCUCGGUGACUUCGAGCCGGUUCAGUGUUCGAACGAGCUCAACGGGACCGAAUGCUGGUGCGUAGAUGAGUACGGUGUCGAGCUAGCCGAUAGCCGAAAGCCCAGUGCCGAUGACGUCAACUGUACCGUAAUCGAAACCGCCUGUCAAGCCUCUAGCUGUCGGAUGUUCUGCCCGGCUGGAUUCGCUCGGGAUCAUACCAGUGGCUGCCCGAUCUGCAAAUGUCGUGAUCCCUGCGACGGAGUCCAAUGCCCUCGGGGACAGCAAUGUGAACCACAGGAAGUUGCCUGCAAGAAUGAACCCUGUCCACCGGUGCCGACUUGUCGUAAAGCUCGAUCACUGGCCGACCUAUGUCCGGCAGGGCAACCACUCGCAAUCAGCGGCACAGCUAGGCCAUUCCUCUGUGGUAACGAUCCGGGCAAACCGAGCUGUCCUCCACUGUAUCGUUGUCUAGUCCAAUCCGGUAACGACUACGGAGUCUGCUGCCCGGCAUCGCUGCAAUUUGAAAAACCUGGAACCUGUCCAAAGCCAGAAGAGAUCAUGUCUACCGACAGCACCGGAUUCCUUUGUGGCACACCCUGCGGACACGAUUUGGAGUGUCCUCAGAUGCAGAAGUGCUGUACGUCCAAUGGCUGCGGACGCAACUGUCAACAGCCACACAAUGUUACCGUUUGCCACCAAGCUCGAAUGUUGUCGGAACUGCUGUCGGUUAAUGAGCGUGAGGGUCGCGGGUAUGUUCCCCAGUGCGACGGUCCCGGAGGAGGUUUCUCUACACGCCAGUGCUCCCGAAACGGAUUGGUUUGCUGGUGCGUCGAUCCGAAGAAUGGCAACAAGAUCAAGGGAACGAUGGGUGCUGCCCAGAUGGUCAACUGUGAUGGUAUUGAAAAUAUGAUCGGCCGCAGUGGUGGGCGCAGUGUCGAUGGUUCACAGGGGUUGUGUGACCACAACAUCUGUGCAGCAGUCUGUGAGUAUGGUUUCAAGAACGAUCACAACGGCUGUCCGACUUGUGAAUGCUCUGAACCGUGUGAAGGGUUCAUUUGUCCAUCUGGAUCGCACUGCGAAGUUGCCAAGGAUCCCAAGUGUACCUCGUUCUCGGGUUUGUGUUCCUCCGAACCAGUUUGCAAACCUGAUCUAGUCUAUUCUAAUCCUUGUGAAAUGGGUACUCCGCUGGCGGAUAACGUUACCGGUGAACUACUGUAUUGUCAUCUGGAUCGUCCAAAAAGUCGCGAGUACCAGAGUCGUACGUUCUUCGACGACGAAGAAGAUGAUACCUUGGGACGCAAACGUUCGUUAUCCAAUACGAUUAACUGUCCGGAAACGCACGAAUGUAUGAAGCUGCACGGAGAAACGGGCAGUGUCUGCUGCCCGAUGGAGAACGACACCGUUCCAGUGGCGGAGAGUCGGCAACAAUCAAUGUGCGAAUACCUGCGCGACUUUUCGGAUCGCAUGGAGGGAACGGUCGAGGGUAUGGAAUUAGCGCUACCACCACCAGUUUGCGGUCUGGACGGAGGCUACGAAGCCGUGCAGUGCAUCCGUCGGAAGACCCGGGUCAACCGGUCCGAUCAACGUCGCUACCUGGAGCAGAACAACAUUCGCCAGAUGAGGAAACUUUUGGAGGAAGCUAAACGCGUUCGACGGGAUGUGGUAUCCGGUGAUACUACUCCCAGUCAGAACCUGAAGCUGGUGAAGGUGGAUGAUGCGUACGGAACUGCUCGAAUGCAGCCGGAUGAUGAGCUUAUGUCGUUCCUUCACCAAAGGAUGCAGCUGUCGGCAGUGGAGGCUGGCUCCGAGGACUUUGAUGUUCAGGGAAGAGCUGCUAAAAUCAUUGAUUUUAACCGACUGGAAUCUAAGAACGCCAAUGCAAAUUUAGAUAAACCGAUUGUUAAGCCAUCUAUGCUGCUAAAGAAACAGGUUACACUUGAUGACCUGGUGGAAAUUGAUAUUGAGGAAUGUUGGUGCGUUGAUAACUUUGGCACCGAGAUCCCGAAAACACGUGGAAUGAAUGCAACUAAGAAAACGUGCGAGGAUCUCAGAGAGUCACUCGGCUGUCUAGAUUUAACAUGUAGAAUGGGAUGCGACUACGGUUUCAUUCUAGAUACGGACAGCCAGUGUCCUUCCUGCGAAUGUCGUGACCCCUGCGACAGCGUAAACUGCCCGGAAGGUCAGGAAUGUCGAUCAGUGGAAGUUUCCUGUGAAGGUGAGUAUUGUCCACCUGUGCCAGCUUGCUUCCCCAAGAAGCCUGGACAGUGUCCAUUCCUAGUGCCUCCGGGAAGUGAGAAUGCUGAAUCCGAUUCUUGCGAGUACGAAUGCCGAACCGAUUCUCAUUGCGAAGCAUCUAAACGUUGCUGUUCUAACGGGUGCGGUACCCAGUGUGUUGAACCGCAGCUGAAGACCGCCUGUCAACAUUUGCAAACUAUCCAAUUGCAUCAAGCAAGUGAGCUGGGAAUCCCACCAAAGCAGAAAUACAUCACACAGUGUGAUGCGGAUGGUAGCUAUCGAACAAUUCAGUGUGGUCCAGGAAAUACCUGUUGGUGUGUAGAUGAAUACGGCAACGAAAAGAGCGGAACUCGAACAACAGGAACUCAACCAAACUGUGAAAUGUAUUCCAAAAGUGAAUGCCCGUUGAGAAAGUGCUCAUUUUGUGAGUACGGCUACCAAAUCGACGCCAACGGGUGCAAGACCUGUGAGUGCCGCAAUCCGUGUAGUGAAAUAUCAUGUCCCCGUGGCGAGGAAUGUCAACUGAUUCAAGUGGAGUGUAUAUCCAUACCUUGCCCCAAGAUGCCUAUCUGUGUCCCGAUUCGUGAUUCCGUCUGUCCCGAGGGACUUCCGCUGAAAUCCGGUGGGCGCGAGAUUACCUGUGGACCUCAGGUGGAUGGCGACGCUUGUCCGUCGACGCACAUCUGUCAGCUCAAUCCGAUCAGCAAGCGUGGGUCUUGUUGUGCUAAGACAAGAGACGUUUGCUUUGAAUCCAUCGAAUCGAGUUGCCUAGCCUCGGAGAUGCAUCAUUCGGGCAACAAUGAUUUGGAAAGCAUUACGAAAUGGCGAUUCAGUCCUCGACUUAAUAAAUGCGUACCGGUUAAUUUGCCAAGAUCUAGCAUUUGCCAAUCGAAGAACCUUUUCCACAGUGAGCAGGCCUGCAACGGCGUGUGCCCAGUGCUGUCCCAAUGCGAGCGGUUGCGUUUGAAGAAUGCGAUGGCUGCUAAGCGAGCUGGACAGCCGAGUACUUGGUUCCAGCCCCGUUGCGAUCCAGAGACUGGUUUCUGGAGCCCAGUACAGUGUCUCGGAUCAACGGGGCCCAAUAAUGGGACAACGACCCAGGAAACUCCCAGCCUGGGAGUUUGCUGGUGUGCGGAUAAGAAGGGUGCCCCGGUGAAGGGCUCACUGACCAAAGGCAGCGAGCCACUGUGCAGCAGCCGGCAGGCGAGAAGGCGACUGUCCACCAGCGGAGAGGAAUCCAGCGAUCCAGUCAUGGAGGAAUUGAUCCGGCAGAUUACCUUCUUGGUAGAUGAAAACAACUACAUCGAUGAGAACUUGGAACCGACGGUUCCUUCCGCCAGUGCACCUAACACCAUUGCAAACUUUGCUCCGGAGCCUCGCUAUAUCGGCUCGAUGUCAGCCGUGACGGAGAAGAUCAUCGAGAUGGCAAGAACUGACGACGGAAGUAACUACAUCGAAGAUACUGGUAAAAAGUUAAUACCCUCAACAACUCGGUGUCAAGCCUUGAAGCAGGCAGCAUCCUUCCCGGUAGCCUGCGAUGAGAAUGGAGCCUUCGAAUCAACUCAGUGCAACGGAGACACCUGCUGGUGUGUUGAUGCAGCCGGCAAUCAGCUUCCACUGUCCAGCACCUUCAAGCGAGGCUUCCGCCACUGUCUCUUCACUCCGAUCGAUGCCGUCGAUAUUGAACUGCAUCUGAACAACCCGCACCAAAGACUUCUGUUGAAUUUGUACGAAGUCCUUCGUAACGAUCUUGUCUCGAUGAUCGGUAGCAUUUUUGACAAUUACCGAGUACACGAAAACAACGACGGAAGCGUGUUGCUACGUUUCGACCUAAUCGAAGAUAACAAGGUCGAUGACGCUUUCGCUAUCGAAGAAAUGGUCCGUGAUCAUGCUUUUGUUCUAUAUCACGGUGCCUUGGUUGCUGACAUCACUCAAUCUCGCUUUUCGCAUAAAAUCUCCACCAACCUGCCUGUCCCCCAGCAAUCAUCCGGCAUCCCGGAGAACACCUUCCAGACGAUCGUGUUCGUGCUUGCCACGGCGUCAGCCUUCCUCAUCAGCAUACUGGUCGUGUUUGUGAUGCUCAAACGGGGCAAGAACAAGAUGAAACACUACAGCAACGGCAACCGGAUGAUGAGCAUCGGGGCAGACAAGUACCUUGACUACAGUUCGCCGAUAUUCGUGCUCAGCGCGAACGACACCAAAUCGCUCCCAGAUCACAACUACCGAUCAACGGCAGGAGCCACUACGGGAGAUGCAACCGGGCCGAAUUGAAGCGUUUGUGUGGGGACAAAAUGGAACCUAAAACAAACUGGUUGAACCAGGCUCGGAGGAUUUUCUUUCAAACACUAUUCACUUUUAAGAAAAAGUUCCAAUUGUUCCAUUGAGGCAGCAACGGUUUUUCCACGGCCUGCUGGGAUGGCUUAAUUUUCUAACGGAUAGCUACUCGUGUUUUGUUUUCGUGUUUAGAAGUAAAGUAACAAAUGAAGAAGAAACAAAAACAUUGAAACGUGGGCCAAAAAGCUUUUCCCUAGUUGUGUACAUAACAAUCAAUUUUGAAUGAUGAACGAAAUCUACUAGAAUAAAAAUCAAAAAUCUUUCCCCUACUUUUCCCUCUAUACCGUCUAAAUCGAAUAUAGAUUGGUAAUCAUUCCUGAAUGCACCGUUAUAGUGUAGAGUUUACGAAAUACAUUUUAAGGGUACAUGUUUGUAUUGUGACUUACAUCACUAUCAUUAUCUGGGAGCGGUUUCUAUUGUUUUUAUUUGCGUUAUGUUUUUUUUUCUCAAAUCAUUCUACUACAUUACCAUUAUAGCGCGUAUGUACUGAAGGUGCCGUUCAACACUUGCAAAAAGGUAGCAUCAAAACAGCCAAAGUGCAAACUUGCUUGGUAGUUAUGUAAAUAGUUGAAGUAACUGAGCAAUUUUUUUAGGAAUGAUCGACUAGGCUAGGCUGAUUCUAGCAAACAGGGCGACACGUGUGUAAUGGACAGAAUAGUGACAAGAUACUUUCCCGUGAGCUCCUUAAUUUUAUGGAACAUUCCCACAAGAGCAAUAAUUUUGAUCUUCUGUAUGAGCUUUAUUGUUUCUUGCCCAUUUCACACCAAAUUAGACCAUCGCACAAGAAUGGAGUGCACCGAAGGCGAUUAACUGUCAGCAUGCACUUCUAUCUACUUUAAAGAACUUAUUUGACAGUCCAAUGUGAUGUGAAAUUUGCAAUAACAUUCAACUUUUCUAAUGAAUUAUAGAUGAAUCUAAAAUAAAAGCUGCUUUUGUAGGAAUUGAAUUCAAUAAAUUGAGGCUUGAUCUGACGGGAAAUGUUCAUUUUUCUAGGUUAGGCUGCUUUGGUUCUGUCGUAGACAAGAUGCUUUUAUUUAUUUAUUUUUCUCUCGCUUGUUAGGAAACAGAGCACGGAGAGAAUAGCGUUUUGUAUACGUUGAAAAUCACGAAACGCGAAAAAAAAAGAUUGGGAAUUGCUACACAAUUUUUUGACCCUGUAAAUAUAAUAGCAUACCCAAUGUGAGAACGAAAUUUUUGCUCUAUUUCAAUAAAAUUGAAUAAAAUAGUUGAC